AUGGGCCCGUUCCCGCAUUGUGUGCGAGUUCUCGACUGCGAAAACGUGACGGCCUGCACGAAUUGCCAUUGGAAUGACGAAGACGUCCGCUGCAAAUACCAUGCAAACCGGCAGGCUGGCCCCUCCCAACAUGACAUCGCUCCCAGGGAAAUUCUGAGGGAUGCAGCAGCCUCUCUUGCUUUGGCGGAGAAGUCUUUCCGCGAGAACUAUGAGGUCUCUGUCCAUGCACGACACAGUCGGGAGGCCGUACACGCAAUGAACGCGGCAGCCGUGAUGAGUGACACUCAACGCCUGGCUGACGAGUAUGGGAUUAGUAACGAGCAUGCUACCUAG